AUGCGAAAUGAGACGGAAGGGAAAAACAAACAUACACAAUGCAAUCAAGAAUUAGCCGCAAUCGUAGGCAUGGAUAAUAAUAGUAUCGAGAAGCGCGAACGAAAAUCGGUCAAUGGCGAAAUGAUUAUCAUUGGAGGUGUUAAAUGA